AUGUUUUUCUCCCGCUGUACUACGUUCCCACUGGUCUUUAUGGCCACCGCGACCUGGGCCUUUGGCCGCGACGCCCCAAGCCCCGGUGCCCCGAUCCAAGGCUACGGCAUCUUCAUCCCGCGGUGGGAGGUCCCCUCGCCCGACGGCAGCGGCAAGACCAUCUCCGUUCGCGGCACGGUCGAGGAGGUCGCCGCGCAGAUGCUGGACAUGAAGCCGAGCUUCGACGUCGACGAGCAGUUUGGCAAGAUUGCGAUUACGCCCAUCGGGAGACGCGCCGCGUUCGGCGACGACACGAGCACGCUGUGCCACAACUUCCGCGAGGGGAACCGGUCGGCGGUGCACGUGAGCAUCGACCAGCUCAAGACGGUGCAGGGGCGUCCGCAGAACGGGGCCGGGCCGGGCAACUGUGGGCGUGUGAGCUGCCGGGACAACACGGGGAUCUGGUUCUGCAAUGAUGCCCAAAGCCCCAAGGAGCUCGGGUCCUUCAAGGACAUUGCCGACGGCGCCCAGCGCGUGUUGGACAAGUGCCAGGACAAGCUGGACGCGAACCAGGGUGAAGGCAUGACGGUCAGCGGGCAGGCAUACCACAAGGACAAUUGGAACGUCGUCGUUCGCGGCGGUGAGAGCUGCGACAAUGCCGGCAUCGAUAUCAACAGCGGAGGGCUGGGCAGGUUUUUGAGGGUAAAACGGGAUUGA